UAAAGCUAGCGCGACUCGUGGUGAGUUUUGAAGUAAGCUUAAGCUUCGUUUACGACGCGUUGGUGCGUACAGACCGUACAGUGUAUGUAUAUACUUUGUAAAUAACAUGCUCUUUUAAAGCGCGACGCGAUCCGUGCGGGCGUAAGUCAGGUGGGAAACGCGAAAAUAUCUUGGCGGAGAUGAUGUUCAGCGAUGUCUGCCAACUGAAUGAGAGGUAGCGCCGCAAAAAUGACACCUAAACGGAAGACGACCAGUUCGGAAUCCACAUCGUCGAGCAGCUCGGGCUCCUCGUCGAGCAGCUCGUCGAGCUCGGGCAGUGAGUCCAGCUCGUCCGAUUCGGAGAACUCCAGCAGUUCCGCCAACAGUCAAAAGGUGUCCGAUGCAGAAAGAACCAAGAAAAAGGUGCCGUUCCCGGUCACCCGUCAUGUCAAGUCCAAGGCCGAAACAGCGGCGGUGCCGCCUCUGGAGAAUAAGAGUAAGGACAGGCAGCCACCGAAGCCCAGAUCGUCGGCGUACUCGUCCGAGUCCGAGGAGUCGCCCAGCAAAGCGAAGUCGCCGCAAAAGCGGAAGCCACCGGCUAAACCGAAAGCCACCGCUACCGUGGCACCAGUUGUCAAGACGCAGAGAUCUCCCACAAAGCCAGCGCCUGCGUCGGGACAGCACAAAGCUGCACCCGUUUCAAAAUCUGCCAAUGCCAAGCCUAAUAAGUUUUCUAGUUCCACGAGCGCCAACGGUAAACCUCCCGAGAAAUCCGGGAAAACGAUGGAACCGGUUCAGAAGAAAUUGAAGAAAAGUAUAUUCAGCCCGGAAAAUAGCAGCGAAAGUGACAGCGGCGUUUCGGCGAAAAUUAGUGCAAUAAAGGCAACAAGCUCUGCAAAAUGUUCCAAAAAUCCACCGGCCAAAGCGAAAUUGAGCGACACCAAGCAAAAACCCGCAGCAGCAAGUAGACCCGUCGCGAAGCCUGUGCAACCACAGAAGUCGGACAGUUCGGCGAGUUCAAAGAGCUCCGGCGGCUCGGCGUCUUCGGGCAGCUCGGACAGCAGUUCCGACUCGGAGUCGUCCGAAAGCGUCACCAGCUCUCAGCUUCAACCGAAAAAGAAGGAGACGCAAUCUAGUGCACUGACGAGUAGUGCUGUAACGAGUGUGCCGCCUAAGAGGCCCUCGGCGACAGUCGCCCCGGUAAAACCGCAGAAAGCAGUUACGAGACGGCAAGGUGCUUUAAAGAGCGACAACGAUGGAGAUGCAUCCGCGAGUGAGAAGGACAUGGACGACCGCGAAGCGUCGUCUUCGAAAACGAUGGCGAAAGGCAAGCGGAAGCUGCAAACGCGCAAAGGAAGUAAAUUGCUCCAGCUACAAGCGAAGGCGGACAGCGAUUCCGAGUCUGAUACAGCUGAGAGCAAGAGGAGCGCGAGCAAAUCGCCCGUCAAACGCGCCGGGCCGUCCGCUGCCGCCAGACAAUCCUCCGGAUCCGGUAGAUCAACGCAGAACAGUAGUGCCUCCAAUACUACAAGUAGCAGAAAUCAGGCGUCUUACACUCGAGCGCGAGCAGCGAAGGAGCGUGAGUGCCCGCUGGCUGCGUCCUGCGAUUCGCGGGGUCACCUCUCCGGAAAGCUCGAUUCGCACUUUACUCUGGAAGCGUGCCCGCUGUAUCACAAUACCACGCCCCAGGCUUGUGUAGAGUUCCAUAAAGAGAGAAAGAAACGGGAGGACGAACGUAAGAAGGCGAUAAUGAAUCUAGCCAAGAAACCCAAGGGCGUUCAUCAAACUACCGAGCAACGCAAUUAUCAGCUUAAAGUGCGAGAGAUGAGGAACAAAUGGAAGGGUAACACCGGCGACGGUAAUGAAAGCGACAGCGGCGGUGAAUUGCAGGGGAACGAAAAGGACAAGCAGCCCCGGCUGAACAAUCUCACACCUGAUUAUGACUUGAAACUGUUUAUGGAAGCCCAGGCGAUAGCCAGUGAAAAAGUCGAAAAGGAGUUGCAAGAAUUGGACUACGAUGGAGAAGGUAGAAACGGUGGUGGCACCAGGGUCGUGGAAAUGGGAAAAUGGGAAAUGGAAGUUUGGUAUCAAAGCCCAUAUCCCGAGGAAUAUAGCCGUGCCCCGAAGCUUUAUCUUUGCGAGUAUUGCCUGAGGUAUGCGAAAAGCCGUCAAGUUUUGAGGAGACAUCGAGAAAAGUGUUUGUGGAGGCAUCCACCAGGACACGAAGUAUACAGAAAGGACAAGAUAGGCGUAUGGGAAGUGGACGGUAAGCGAUAUAAGCAGUAUUGUCAGAAUCUCUGCCUGCUGGCGAAAUUCUUUCUGGAUCAUAAAACGUUAUACUACGAUGUCGAGCCGUUUCUUUUCUACGUCAUGACGAUCGGCGAUUCUGAGGGCUGUCACACCGUCGGUUACUUCAGCAAAGAAAAGAACUCCUUCCUGAAUUACAACGUGUCCUGCAUCUUGACGCUGCCACCUUACCAAAGGCAGGGCUACGGCAGGCUGCUCAUCGAUUUUAGUUACUUGCUGACGAGGGUCGAGAAGAAAAUCGGUUCGCCGGAGAAGCCGCUCUCGGACCUCGGCCUGAUCUCGUAUCGCAGCUAUUGGAAGGACGUGCUGUUGCAGUAUCUCUGCAAUUUCGGCGGCAAGGAGAUCUCCGUAAAAGAUAUCAGCAAGGAAAUGGCCAUCGACUCGUACGACAUUGUCAGCACUUUGCAGGCCCUCGGUAUGAUGAAGUACUGGAAGGGCAAGCAUAUCAUUCUGAAGAAACAGGACGUGAUCGACGACUACAAGGAGAGGGUGAAGAGACGGGGCCCCGUCUACAAAGAGAUCGAUCCGGAGUGUCUGAAAUGGAAUCCCUAGCCACCCAAGACGCCCUCCGCCUCGAACUAA